AUGGCGGCCAACGAAUACUAUCACAACCCAAAUACUUCACAACCACCGACCUACGACCAGCUCCCCGACGGGCAAGGGCUCAGUGGUCAUCCCGCACCGGUGAACCCCAACUCCAAUGCCCCUGGAUAUGCCUUGCCGGGUCCCAGCCACCAAGCCGACGCCUCCGCUCCUUAUCACAAUCGCCAGAGUCAAUACUCACUACAAUAUGAUAAUGGUGUCUACGGCACCGCAGGGAGAGUUGCCGACGGCGACCACUACGCAGAGAAUAUCCCGCUCAAGGCACAACCCCAAUACAGCAAUAAUCCGGAAUGGAUGCACCAGCAAACACACUACCCGCCGCCUUCGCCGGGUGGAUUGGGGGGUCGACCACGAGUGGGGAAUCAAAGAAAGCCGGGCUUCUUUCGAAAGAAGCCGGCGUGGGUGACCUGGGCGCUGACUGUGGCUCAGAUUGUGGUGUUCAUUGUGGAAUUGGUCAAAAAUGCUACCCUGACGGGCUCUCCGAUCGAGACCAAACCCUCGUUCAACCCGAUGAUCGGACCCUCUCCCUAUAUUCAAAUCUACAUGGGCGCACGCUAUGAUCCGUGCAUGAAGAACGUCCCCGGUGUCCAGAACUCGAGUCUUCCGAUCAUGUGGCCCUGCCCCAACAGCACCACGACAAAUUCCGACUGCACCCUCUCCGACUUGUGUGGAUUCGGCGGCGUUCCCAAUCCUCGGGUCGGGGGCUCUAUGGAUGACACGCCCGCGCCCAACCAGUGGUAUCGCUUCAUCAUUCCAAUCUUCUUGCACGGUGGUUUCAUUCACAUUGGGUUCAACCUGUUGGUGCAGGUGACCAUGGGCGCGGACAUGGAGCGCAUGAUUGGAAUGUGGCGGUUUGCUUUGACCUACUUCGCCAGCGGCAUCUUUGGCUAUGUCUUUGGAGGGAAUUAUGCGGCGCCGCUUCAGCCCAGCACGGGAUGCUCUGGGGCCUUGUUCGGCAUUCUGGCCCUUUUCCUGCUGGAUCUGCUGUAUGACUGGCCUCGGCGCGAGUCGCCCUGGGUGGAACUGAUCAUCAUGGUGCUUGGAGUAGCCGUCUCCUUCGUGCUGGGUCUCCUUCCGGGCCUGGACAAUUUCUCCCACAUUGGUGGAUUCAUCAUGGGGUUGGCCAUGGGACUGUCUCUUCUCCGAUCUCCCAAUGCUCUUCGUGAGCGCAUCGGCCUCGCGCGUCAGCCCUACGUGGCCAUGAGCGGCGGGGUUGGAACGGAUGCCGCCGACAAGCGCAAGACCGGCUCCGUGCUGGACUUUUUCAAAGGCAAGAAUAACAUGGUCACUUCCGCCACCGACGGAGACGACACCCGGGGUCCCAUGAAUUUCUUCAAAGGCCGAAAGCCUCUCUGGUGGGCCUGGUGGCUCGUCCGAGCGGGUGCGCUGGUCGCAGUCUUGAUUGGAUUCAUUCUUUUGAUUAUUGAUUUCUAUAAAUACCCCGCCUCCCGGUGCUCGUGGUGCUACCGGCUGAGCUGUCUGCCCGUCAAUGACUGGUGUAAGCAGGAUACCUUGCAGACUGUGUCGACCACCACGAACAAUUGA